ACUCUCACAACAGCAGCGACGACGAGCCAUUGUGCCUGUGUGUGUGCUUCAACGGCUGCUCCCGUAACAUCUCCGAUUUUCCGUGUGCGAUCGACGUUCGACCAAGAGUCGUGCAUUGAGGAACGUGCCCAAAUCUGAUCCAUAGCCGGGACACUUCAUACCGAGCGAUGUCGUUCCACCGGGGCCCAGCCAGUUACGGGAAUCCGGGUGGCCGCGAUAUGGGAUUCCGUAAUGGGAAUUCCCGAGGGGGUGGAAGUCAACCUGGGGGAUCGCUCCGGAAGCCUCGUUGGGACAUGGAACGACUGCCUCCUUUCCAGAAGGAUUUCUACCGCGAAAACGAAAUCACUCAGAGCAGAUCUUCCGCGGACGUUGACUUGUUCCUCCAGAACAACGAAAUCACUUUGUCUGGUCGGGGAGUUCCGAAGCCGAUCCUCACGUUUCAGGAGAUUGAAUUACCCCCAGACGUUGUGGUUGUGAUCCAGGAGCAAAAAUAUCAGGCACCGACCUGCAUUCAGGCCCAAGGUUGGCCGAUCGCGCUCUCGGGGAGAGACCUCGUUGGAAUCGCACAGACCGGCUCUGGGAAAACCUUGGCUUUCAUACUGCCCGCCAUAAUCCACAUCCAGAACCAACCAAGACUCCAACGGGGCGAUGGUCCCAUCGCUCUCGUCCUUGCUCCUACCAGAGAACUGGCGCAGCAGAUACAGACCGUGGCCGACACUUUCGGGAGACCAGCCGGUGUGAGAAAUACCUGUGUGUUCGGAGGGGCACCGAAAGGCCCCCAACUCCGAGAUCUUGAACGAGGUGUGGAGAUCUGCAUCGCUACACCUGGACGUCUGAUUGAUUUCCUGGAAGCCGGGAAAACCGACUUGCGACGUUGCACCUAUCUCGUGUUGGACGAAGCAGACCGUAUGUUGGACAUGGGUUUCGAGCCCCAGAUCCGUAAAAUCAUCGAGCAAAUUCGUCCUGACCGUCAAGUUCUCAUGUGGUCGGCAACGUGGCCGAAGGAAGUCAAAAGUCUGGCUGAGGAUUUCUUGAAAGAUUAUAUCCAAAUCAAUAUUGGAGCUCUACAACUGUCGGCGAAUCAUCGGAUUCUGCAGAUCAUCGACGUCUGUUCUGAAUCUGAGAAGGAUAGCAAACUCAUCAACUUGCUCGAAGAGAUAAUGAACGAGAAGGAAAAUAAGACAAUCGUAUUCGCGGAAACAAAAAGAAAAGUAGAUGAAAUCACCCGCCGGAUGCGACGCGAUGGUUGGCCUGCCAUGUGCAUACACGGUGACAAAGCUCAGCAGGAACGCGAUUGGGUCUUGCAUGAAUUCCGUUCGGGGAAGAGCCCCAUUCUGGUGGCUACCGAUGUUGCUGCUCGGGGUCUUGACGUGGACGACGUGAAAUUCGUCAUCAACUAUGACUACCCGAAUUGUUCCGAGGACUACGUCCAUCGAAUCGGUCGUACAGCGCGCUCGAACAAAACCGGAACCGCCUACACGUUUUUCACAUCGAACAAUGCGAAGCAAGCGCAGGAACUUAUCGACGUGCUUCAAGAAGCGAAGCAGGUGGUUAAUCCCAAACUCUACGAGCUGGCUGAUUCAGCCAAGGGUUUCGGGAACAGCAAGAGACGCUGGGGUGGUCCACCGUCUCGAAAUGGCGGCGGUGCAUUCCGCAACGGAGGUGGGAACGGCUACGCCAACGGACGGGCGAAAUGGUAAAGCGCUGGAGUCUCCCUUCCGGAUCGAUCCUUAGGGUGCGAGCAAACUUCAGAUCUCUCCGAAGCAACCUAUCGUCGGUCUGAGAAAUUCUUAAAUUAUGAGGGUCAGCCAUCAUUAUUGCGGAGGGACACGCGCUCCUAGCUGAAGUCCGAAUCUUCUACCAAAAGCAAUGGCUUUACACCUAUCCAUGGCUUCGUCGCCCGAAUGCUUCCUCGAUUCGCAAAUCGGAAUUUCGGGGCUCGUGAAAUUAGUUCUCAUGAGGGUCUUCAGUUCUUUGAAAGAAUUCGGAGCCACACAAUCAUCGGUAAUCAUCAAGAGCGAAGAGACGGUCGUAUCAGACGUGGUGGAAGUCUCCCUGAGGUACCGAGCAGGAGACUUGAGAAGCUGAGCUUUACCGCAAGCUCAACCUGAACGAGAUGUAUAACCACACGAGAAAGUCUCUCAUCUCGUGAUGUCCUUUCCGAAACCUGGGCCGACCUUUUUGGACUUCAAUACUUGUGUUGUCGCUGGAUGUGGUGAGUAUGACGGGGUUUCAAUUGUCUCGAACCUUGAGUUCCCAGUGAGUUUCGAGCAGGAGCCAGAUCAGAUUGACGAAUAAACAUCAAAUCAAAGAUCAAAAC